AUGAAAAAUAUAAUGAUGAAUAGUGAAUAUGGUAAAAAAUCACCUAAUAAUAAUAACCUUUACUAUUCUAGUAAUAAUUUUGAAAAAUGGAAUGGUACUCACGAGUCAAAAUUUGUAAAGGAUAUGAUGAUUUCAAAGUCGGAUAAGAUACCAACACUUUUAAGGUCCGAUCAUACAAUUACUUAUAAAAAUACUAUUCGUUUCAUCGAUAAGGAGGAUAAACCGGAAAUGAAACAUUUGAACACUAAGCAUAGUGCACAGAAAAGUGCAAAGUCCUAUAAAUUUAAAUACUCUAACAAUUAUGAGAAUGAGCACGUAAAUAAAAAUAAUAAGACGCCUAUAAUGGAAUUAGAUGGGAUUCAGUCUAUAGACUUGAAUUUAAAUUUGACUUCAAACUAUGAUAAAUUACAGAAAAAACUGAAAAAACAUCAUUCAAAUAAUAAAAUUUCGACACAGCCUAAUGAUAUUUUUAUAACGAAUCAAUUUUCAAUUGCUAAGAAACAUAUUUUCAAUAAUAGUAACAUUUAUGACUACAAAUCAGUAAAUACAGCUCCCCAUUUUAGCAGCAAUUCUAAAUCGAUAAAGGUUUCCCAUGCUAGGAGUUUAGAUGAAAUUAAUCAAAAUAUAACCUUUCAUGGAACAAAUAUUCCUUUUAAAAAUGACAACUUGCGUAAUCAAUUAGGUGAUCAAUUUUUAUUUAAGACAAAAAAUAUGAAUAUCGAUAUGCUUAAAAUAUAUUCAACAGUUAAUGAAAAAGAGACGUUCAACGAAGAAAGCUUGACGAAGGAAAACGUUGCAACAGAUAAAGAUAACUCUAAUACGAACCAAGCUGAUAGACUUAUUAUGAAUGUAUUUCGAAGUGAAACACCAGCUAUUAAAACAAAGAUACGACAUUCUGAAAAAAAAUAG